GUGUAGGAGUAAGUUAGAUUCAAAUCUUCCAGUGGAUAGCUGUAAAUUCCCUUGCAAUGUUUUCUAUGAAAUUAGAUCUGCUGAUUGUUUGUAUUUAGGAUAAUUUCGAGUAUGUUUCUUUGAACUUAUAAUUCGUUUAGUGAGAUUUAAGACUUGCGAUUGAUUUUCAAAGUUGUUUAAUUGGGAGUGAUCUGAACAUUGAUGUAUUUUCUCUUUCUCUAAAUAAUGAAGCUAGCACUUGCCAGUUGUCAGUUUCAAAACCAUGGUUGCAAAUAAGAAGCUAACUACAAAUGAUGCACUUGAUUUCCUCAAGGCUGUAAAAGAUAAAUAUCAAGAUAAUCGUGAAAUAUAUGAGAGAUUUCUUACGGUCAUGAAGGACUUCAAAGCUCAAAGAGCUCAUACAUGUGAUGUCAUAUCUAGAGUGAAAGAACUCUUCAAAGGGCAACCAGAGCUUCUCUUAGGUUUCAACACAUUCUUGCCAAUGGGUUUCGAGAUAACACUCGAAGAUGACCAACGUCCAUCAAAUUUGAAGUCUGCUCACUUUGACGAUGCAUAUGAAUUUGUCAACAAGGUCAAGACAAGAUUUCAGAACAAUGAUGUAUUCAAGUCAUUUUUAGACGUUUUAAAAACGUAUAAAAAGGAAAACAAGAGCUUUGCUGAGCUCUACCAGGAGGUGGCUAUCCUUUUUCAAGGCCAUCAGGACUUGCUUGAGGAAUUUCAUCAGUUUCUUCCUCAUUAUGGAUGAAGAAUGAUGCAUUAUGUAUACAAAUGAAGUCAUGAAAGUUGUGGUUCAAGCCACUUUAUCUGCUUCCAUCUUGACUCAAUGGGCAUUAUCCUUAGUUUGUUGCUGAACUGGUAAAACUAGUACUCUAUGUUUCAAGUUGUUUUAUACUAUUCAAAAUGAAUAAUAUGGAUACUCCACAACUUAUAUAUCAAUUUACUUAGACAAUUAUGCUUAACACAAGUUCCAUACAAUGAACUUAGUGAGAAUGCACCAAACUUUUUUUUUUUUUUGGUUAAAGGUUGAUGCAUUAAUUUAAGAAAAGCUGCGAAUUACAAAUUCUGAAAAAAAACGACAACAAGCUCGAAACGGCAAAAGAAGAUAAUUUGAACCAAACCAAACAAACAAAAGAUUGCCAUUUAGCCUGGUAGGUGUUGAGGUGGUUCUGCCGUACGUCGAUGGGUUCUCUGGCAACCAAACCAAACAAACCAAAGAGAGAAGUCGAAUGCAUGGAAAUCCAAACGAAUACAUUUAAUCAUUCUAUCUUUAAGCUACAUCGAGAGAUUUAUGAUCAGUCCCUAAUAUCUUUGAGAUCAACAGCGAGUUUGUGACAUGAAGACAUGGCCGGUAAACCCAAGAAAACAGCGGUUUCUUUUAAAUUUUCUGAUUUACUCUUUUAAAUUUUGGACUUUUAAACUAAGUUUGAAAACCCUAUAUACUCAACGUCGAUCAUGUUUACAAUACGCGAAUCAUACUUUGAUGUCAAAAUCAAGGAGUAAUCAAUCCUGAAGCCCAACGAUCUAUGAACCAGCCCGACUUUGGCUAGCUAGA